AUGCUCAGGGUCCCGGCGCGGUGGGCGUGUGCGUCUUCCCCAGUGGCUCUCGUACAGGUGAAUGAUGGCCCCGUGGCCCUUUGCUGCAUUGUUGCCGCUCAGCAUGAGGCUGCAUCGUGGGAGUUCGACGGCAGAUUUACGAUAUCACCCCAACAAGCUGCUGGACUCACAGCACAGGAUUUUUCUAGUGUGGAGGUACGCAGUAUUUGUUUUCUGAACGAUGCUUCUUCUGGAAGAAGACGAUUUGUGGAAUUACCACCCGUUAGCGCAGGGAAUAUGAACCUGCUUCGAAUCCAAACACCACUGAACACGUACGUUGCAAGGAUUAUUAUAUUGGAAGGACCACGUGUGGGUCUUCGCGGAUUGCUGGAUCGUCUCUUUGCCUGUAUGAUUGGACGCUAUGUGGUGGUUGGCUGCGAAAUUGAGACAGAGAUUGGACGAUAUCGUGUGAAGUCUGUGGAGCUUCAAAGUGGGUACCGGGGGCUGGCGCUGGUAAGUGGAACGACACGUGUAAAGCUUAACCACAAACCAUUCGUUGCUAGUGACGUAUUUGGCCCUCUUAUAGGCUUGGAGGAACAGGCGCGGGAGAUGGGUGCCGUGUUGCAAGCCAUGGAGCAGCGACCCGGCAGUUGGAUUGGCGUCUGCGUGCAUGCUCCUGCAGGUUGUGGAGUCUUGGCGCUGAUGCGGCGGUGUUCCGCAGAGAAUCAUGCGGUGCUUGUGCAUUGGUCUCCGACAGGAAUUUGGUAUCGAAAAGAGGAUUUGUUGGGGACGCGGCUAGUAGUUUUGUGUAUUCCGUCAAUGGAUACGAUGUUUACGUCCUCCGAGGAUGCUUUGACAAAGCUAACCGCACGGGCGCUUCUUCGUGAUAUUGAGCAACUGACAUCUGCACGCAAUGGGGUGAGAACGGCAGUUGUGGUGGUGGGCAUUACUUCCUGUGGCGCUUCCGAGGCGGUGGAGUCACUUUUUACGAUGAAAAUAUCUGUGGAGUUGCCGGAUGUCUAUGUACGGGCUGCCCUUUUGGCACAUGUGCGCGGUGGUGAGAGAGAGGAUUACAUGAACGAGGCUCACACACUUGUGGGUUACUCCAGUGCAGCUGUGCUCGAGGUUGCUCAGGGCUCUUCUCAGGCACACCGGCUCCCGUUGAAGGCAUUGCAUUGGUCAGAAAUUGGUGGUCUUAGUGAUGUAAAGGAUCGACUGCGCCGCGCAUUGAUCCUCCCACGGCUCCAACCAGAGCUUUUUGCAAGGUUUGGUGUUGCGCCGCCUCAUGGAAUUCUUUUGUACGGUCCACCGGGUUGUGCCAAAACAAGUCUAGUGAAGGCGCUCUGCUCAGAGGGUUUUUUUUCUUUUAUUUACCUGGACUCCGCCACACUUAUCAGUGCGUACGUUGGUGAGUCGGAACGGCAACUGCGGGAUGUGUUUCGAAAGGCAGCUCGGCAGACGCCGUGCAUCGUAUUCUUUGACGAGGUGGAGGUGCUAGGCGGGAAACGGAGUGUCGGGUCCCGCGACAACGAUCAAACCCGGUUGCUUUCAACGUUACUGACCGAGAUGGAUGGGUUUGCCUCUUCAACUGGUGUCUGUUUUGUUGGGGCUACCAAUACCCCGCACCUUCUUGAUAGUGCGUUACUCCGGCCGGGGCGGUUUGACUACUUGGUGUACGUCCCCCUUCCACCGCGGGAUGACCGCCAGGAGAUUCUUGCACUCUCGCUCACUGGUACCUCCGCGGACGUUGAUGCUCUGGCGGAUGCCACCGAGGGAUUCAGCGGCGCCGACCUUGCAGCCCUAUCGUCGGAGGUUCUGCUGGAAUUGCUGGAGGGGCUGAGUGAGGAAAGGCAGGAAGGCGACAGCAACAGUGAUGGGGGCCCUGAUCUUAGUUGCCUGUAUAAUGCAAAGGCUCUCACCGACCUUUUUCUUGCACGAAUAAAGACCUUUCACAAGACGGCGUACGACGUGGCCGCACUUGAGGCCUUUCACAGGGACUGUGCUUCCUUUGCUGGCUCUGUCUAG